CGUUCUUCCUGUGUGGGUGGGGACUACGGUGUUUGUCUACGUAGCAUUCAGCCUUAAACAUUUGACGGCCACGAUCACUUACACACCAAGAAGAACGUCUGUUCAACAAACAGUUUGUUAAACACGUAUUUUUCUUACGAGCGGUGGAAAGGUAACAUAACCUGCAAGAUGGUGGCGAAACAGAGAAUCCGAAUGGCCAACGAAAAACACAGCAAAAACAUCACGCAGAGGGGGAACGUCGCCAAAUCAUCGAGGGGGACCCAAGAUGAGAAGGUGGCGGUGGGACCCUGGCUUCUGGCUCUCUUCAUCUUUGUUGUGUGUGGCUCUGCUAUCUUCCAGAUCAUCCAAAGUAUCAGGAUGGGGAUGUAAAAUGAUGCACGGAGAAAGGAGGCUUUUCAUUCUGCUUGAUCAAUGUCUUCUUCCCUGUUCUCUUGAACAAUGGCGCCCCCUGUCGUUCCUGUCGUCCAAUACCUAAGCCACUGAGCAUUUCUCAUAACAUUUCUGCACCUUAUUAGGACUUUUUGUUCUGGGUUUGCUGCAUUUUUUUUGUGUCUUCUGGCAUUCCUGUUGCAUUCACUUUCACACAUUUUGCUAGUUUACUACACAUUGAGGCUUUACCCUAUCUUUACCUAAAGGAAUCCAUGAUAGCAGUUCAUACCUGAAUGGUGAAUAUUGCUGGGGAAAAAAUGCAUUCCAUUUUCUUUUUUAUCUGAUGAUCAUCAUUUUACUCUCAGGUAUUCGACAGGUUAACCUAUGGGUCUGUGAAGUCUUUCCUAAUUAUUUUUUAAUUCUUCUAAGGGUGUAAUUUACAUUUGCCCAAUGGUGUAUUAUUUUCUCAGUGUCCUAGCAAAAUCAUAUUUGAUAAUUGUAUGAUUUUGUUUUGUUUUGUAUUUUGUUUCUUUGGACCAGAAUGUGGUUUAGUAAUGACAAAGCUGUCGUGAAAUUCAUAGUUGUACACAAUGUUAAGAUAUACAAGCAGUGCUGUAUGAAAGGAAUAGCAUAUUUCAUAAGAUUUACCAUCCUGGUCACCUAAUUGCACGUGUCAAAUUCAAACUGUUAAGCCAAUUUUGUAAUUAUGUUCCAUCAUAUGAAGUCAUUACUCAGAAAAUCACUAAUGCCUUUGUGUUUGAAAAGCGUCCUUAUCUUUUUUGUGCAAUUCUGAUUCAGGGUUAUAUGGUAUUUGAUGGGGGAACAAUAAAUUCUGUAAUGGAAAUUAGAUUCUGUUGCCAAGUAAAAUAAAGAUUUAUACAUUUUUUCAACACAUCAAA